UUUUAAUCCCGUUAUCGCCGUAGCUAUAAAUACUAAUGGUAUAAAUACUAAUGAUUUGCUGUAGGUACCCUAGAUGGGGAAAAGGUGUUUGUGCGAACGCACGGAUAUUCUGAAUUGUUCUGUCAACUGUUUGCAAGCGUCUUAUUACAAAGUGAUGGAAAGUGAAGGUGACUGUUUUGAAAACAGCGUUCUGGAUUUUGUGACCGAUCUAAGUUUCCUGGAAGUGCCGUUUAGCUCUUCGGCUGAGUUAAGGAAGGGCGACGCAUCAUCUUUGCGCAUUUUGGAUACUUGUGGUCGCCUUUACGAUUUCACUGAUGGAGCGGACCCUCUCGCAGAAAGCGGCGUGCCUUUCAGCUCGCUGUGCUUGUCGAGCCGCAACCUUCAUUCGGUGAACGGGAGGUCUAAGAGAAAACGUGUGAUCACAUCUGCGCAACGCCAGGCAGCCAACAUCCGAGAGAGGAAAAGGAUGUUCAGCCUAAACGAAGCCUUCGAUAAACUGCGAAAGAAAGUUCCCACUUUCGCCUAUGAAAAAAGACUCUCAAGAAUCGAGACCCUCCGCCUUGCUAUCAUAUACAUCUCCUUCAUGACAGACCUUUUAAACCAGAACAGAGAAAGCGAAACCAAGACUGGUGCUGCAGAUCAGAAAAUACUGAUGCAAAAAAUCGAGUAACGGAUCUAUACAAACACAAGUGGGCGUGCAGCAACACUGUUUUCCACUUCUUUAUUCUCUGAAAAAUAAAUACGAUACGAAGAAUAUACGAAUACAUUUCACAAAGACCUUAAAAUACACUUGCAUUUCGUAUUUACUAUGCACACUUAACCAAAGAAAGCCGUGAUCUACGGCCAAUGUACUCUGACACUUUCUAAUGUUAUUUGAGUAGGAGGUAUUUUCAAAGUCUACUAAUUUUAAGCGGGCUCUGGGUAAUUAUAUUUUCUCAUCCAUGCUUAUCUCACAUCUGUAUUGGUUCUUAAAGUGUGGUAAUCUCUUAAUGUCACACGUUCGUAUAAUUAGUAUGUUUCUGAAAAUAUGUUCGAAAUCUCAUACAUUUCAGUUGUGAAGAGCAAAAUGGGCUAUUUAAAAUAUAUUCUAACUUAAGAUUGUCCUAAAUAACUAUUCUAUGUGUUUAUUACACUUAAUUUGUUUCAAUACUGGUGGGCAGAGAAACUUUAUAUAUCCACUUUGAUUUCUAGAUAUAUACCAAAUUAGGCAUGAUCUUAACCUAUUGGGAAUGAUCUUUUGUAGCUAAAAGUGUAUCGGGAAUCUGUGACAUUUACCUGAAAUAAGUUUUAAAUGAAAAUGGAGUUGGUUUAAAAUAACCUUGUUUUCACUUCAAACAUCAGUUGUCUGAACAUUAC